AUGAAGGAGGAGCUCGCGGGUUUGGAAGACAUGAUUGAGCUUGCAGAAAGGGAUGAAGAGGAGUUCCAAGCGGACGUAUCUGGCAGCAUCAUGAUACCUGGCCAACGAAAGGUCGUGGGGAUAGGCCUUAUAGCCCCUUCGGAGAUUGCAAAGGCGGGAUCCCCCUUUCACUCUGACGUGGCCCGGGUGCAACGUUAUAAGCUGAGCGCUGAGGUACAUGCUAUGCGCGGCUCAGAACUUGAGCUCUUAGCUAAGGGCGUUAGAAACGAGAAUAUACGUCUUCAGACGCUUUCCGGAGUCACGGUAUCUCCGGAGGAUCCCGGCUUGGAGGACAAUUCAGAUGGCUUAGACUGGGAUCGAAUUCGCUCACUUGUCGUCUCAGACCUUGGUUCCUUCGCGUUGCGCACCCCUGAGGAGCUGAAAGUGCGUUGGGUGGCGACAGAGCAUCCCAAGAUGAAACACGGGGCGUGGUCUGCGGAGGAGCUCAAGCGCGCGAAAGAGCUGUUUGAACAGACUGGGAAGGGUCAAACUGUAAACUGGAUAGACAUUGCGCAAAAGCUUGGAACUAAUCGGCUGCCCCUUGACAUCAUGCAACACAUGGUAAAGCGCAAGACGCACCGCAACGACAAAGAGAGCGAUGGACGCCUUACUCAAGCCGUCGAGCUCUACGGCAUUGAUAACUGGCAAUUGGUGGCGAAACGGGUUUCGGAGGACGCUACUGCAGAGAAUGUAGAGAAGCGUUGGAUCAACACCGUCGAUUCUACCCGGCCAACUGGCCCAUGGACGCCCGAGGAGGAUGAACAACUACAACGCGCUGUCACCGUCUUCGACCAACAAUGGGCUCAGAUCGCGCCCUUCAUGAACGGUCGCACGGCAGGACAAUGUCGUGACCACUUCGAAGAUGGUGUGAAACCCGCUCUGAAGAAGGACUCAUGGACACCAGAAGAACUCGAACAGCUUCGUGCGCUUGUCGGAGAGUUAGGCAACAAGUGGGUGGAGAUAUCAAAACGCCUUGAGGGACGCAGUGACGCUCAGUGUCGGAGGACUUGGGAUAGACUCGAGCAAGGCAAAAUCCCAGGGCAAAAAAGGAAGCAGUCAUCGCAAGCCACGUCUGAGGCUGGAACGCCCGUAGACGACGAAGCCGGAUCACCUCCUGAGAGAGAACGCGCCAAACGCAGAGGAAAUCGGAUGAGUACAGCGCCCGCCCGUGAGGUUGAAGCAGUGCAAUCAAUUCCUCCCCGCCCCAAGCCGAAGCCGAAGCCGAAAGCCGUGAAGACGGCCAGAGGUUCUACCGCAGGAACAACACCAGAAAUGUCCGAUGCAACAUGUUCAGCGGAGCCAACACCAGCUCCUGAAGAAGCGGCUGACAAUUCUACACUGACUUUGCCCAGGAGGGGCACCGCAGUAGCGCCGACAAAUCGUAGUAAUAGCGCGAAGCGCAGAAGAUCGGAUACGCUCCAGCAAGCAACUGCACAACCGAGACCCACGGCGACACCAACCCGUAGACAACCGUCUCGCAGCACACGAAGCUCUACGCGUGCAAGUGAUGACGUUUAG